GCAAGAAAAAGACAGAGAGGAAUUGGGUUUCUACUUUCAAUGCUAAUUCUUUUUUAUGAAACUUUUUACAAAAUAAAUUGCAAAUUUUUAAAUAUAAUUUAUUAUAAUAAUGAUUUUCCUCAUCCAAAUCUGAAAGCACUCAAGUCUUUCUCUCUGAUUCAGACUUGUCCAACUUUGGGCUUCAGCAACUCAGUUUUUUUUUUGUUAUGAAUUGGACUAAGAAAUGAAUUCCAGAAGAGCGAUAGCACUCUCUUGAAAUUCUUGCUUCAUUCUUUAAUACUGAAUCGAGAAGUAAGAGCUGGUUUGUUUGCUGAUUCAGGACGCACGCACGCUUCCGUUUCUGCUCUUUUUAUUAAGUGGGUUUGGUUGUUUUUGUAUGGGAUUCAAGGGAGUUUCCUGAGUUUUGGAGAUUGGUAGCUCAAUUUGGAUCCUACCCAGUUGACCCAGAUUGGAAUUUUCAAGGAUUAGUGGAGAAGGAUCCUAUUAGAUUGGAUCAUUGGCAUGUGAAUUUGGAUGAAGUAGUUGCUUUACAAGCAACUGUAUGAUCUAAAACUCUGGAAUCAUUGCGUCUGUAAUCAAAUCUGGUGAUCAGGAUGGGUUGUGAGUGUUCGAAGUUCUCAGAUUGUUUUGCUUCAGAGGAAACCAAGCCAGUUGCUCAUGUUCCAGAUAAUGAAAGUAUAGGGAAGAGUGAGUUUGGUCUGCCUGCAUUUCGCGAGUUCACCAUAGAUCAAUUGAGAACCGCUACGUCUGGAUUUGCUGUUGAAAAUAUAGUAUCUGAACAUGGGGAAAAGGCUCCCAAUGUGGUUUACAAGGGGAAGCUUGACAACCAGAGACGAAUUGCUGUUAAAAGAUUUAAUAGAUCAGCCUGGCCAGAUGCUAGACAAUUUUUGGAUGAAGCAAGGGCAGUUGGUCAGCUUCGGAACCAUAGACUGGCAAAUUUACUUGGCUGCUGCUACGAGGGUGAAGAGAGGUUGCUUGUUGCUGAAUUUAUGCCAAAUGAAACAUUAGCAAAACACUUAUUUCAUUGGGAAAACCAACCUAUGAAGUGGUCAAUGCGGUUAAGGGUGGCACUGCAUCUUGCGCAGGCUCUAGAAUAUUGCACCAGCAAAGGGCGAGCACUUUAUCAUGAUCUAAAUGCUUACAGAAUUGUUUUUGAUGAUGAAGGAAACCCUCGACUUUCAUGUUUUGGCCUGAUGAAAAAUAGUAGAGAUGGAAGAAGUUACAGCACAAAUUUGGCAUUUACUCCCCCUGAAUAUUUAAGGACAGGUGGAAUAACUCCAGAAAGCGUCAUAUACAGCUUUGGAACUCUUUUGCUUGAUCUUCUAAGUGGAAAACAUAUUCCUCCAAGCCAUGCUCUGGACCUUAUACGGGAUAGAAAUCUUCAGAUGCUUACUGAUUCUUGUUUGGAAGGGCAAUUCUCAAAUGACGAGGGCACUGAAUUAGUGCGCCUUGCUUCACGAUGUUUACAGUAUGAACCUCGAGAGCGUCCUAAUACAAAGUCAUUAGUUACAGCAUUGAUUCCUCUUCAGAAAGAUCUCGAGGUUCCUUCUCAUGUAUUGAUGGGCAUACCACAGGAUGCUGCGGCUAUGAAUCUGUCACCUCUCGGUGAAGCUAGCUUACGAAUGGAUUUGACAGCCAUACAUGAAGUUUUAGAAAUGAUUGGGUACAAGGAUGAUGAGGGUGCAGCAACUGAGCUUUCAUUCCAGAUGUGGACCAAUCAGAUGCAGGACACCUUGACUUCAAAGAAAAAGGGCGACGUUGCUUUCCGGCAGAAGGAGUUCAGAACUGCAAUUGAAUGCUAUACACAGUUCAUAGACGUUGGGACCAUGGUUUCUCCAACGGUAUUUGCACGUCGGAGUUUGUCCUAUCUGAUCAGCAACAUGCCAGAAGAAGCCCUUAAUGAUGCAGUGCAAGCCCAAGUAAUAUCUCCGCUUUGGCACGUUGCAUCCUAUUUGCAAGCUUCUGCUCUAUUUACCCUUGGUAAGGAAAAUGAGGCACAUAUAGCGCUCCGUGAGGGUUCUGUCCUUGAAAGUAAAAAGAACGCAACAACCUGACAAUAAGCAAAAUGAAAUACAAAAUUCUCUUCAUUGAAAUUGCUGUUCUUCUGAAGAUGAGAACAGAUCACACUUCCGUACAUAUUGCAAAACGUGGCCUAAGGAUUGACAACAUAUAGAGUAUGAAUGGAGAGAAACGGAGGUACUUUUACCGCACCGUGAUUCAUUCAUAUUGUCAAGUUAAAGGUCUUUUUUAACAUCGCUUCUGGAUGGAUUGGUUUGCUGAGUUUUCUGAGGGUGUUGGGUACUUCCUUUCUUCAAAUUACAGUAGUCUGCCUGCAUUUCUUCCUUUCUUUUGCCUUUAUUUAAUACUAGCAUCUUGAGAUAUGAUUGAUUAAUGUUGCUUUCAGAACAUUAUUUAUCUGUAAAGAAUUCACUAUUUAAAUUGCAUUCAAGGUUGAAGUGGUGAAUGCGUUUGUUAACUUUCAAUGCUUUUAAUUUAUGUAGAAAACCCGUUGUUGAGCACAUUGAGGGUGACACCAGUUACAUGAUAUUACUUAUUCUUUCCUAAUAAAAUUGAAUACUUCAAGUUGCUUGUUA